CGCGAGCAGCUGCGGUUCCGGUUCCGACCCGGCGGGAGGAGGAGGAGCGGGAAACCGCGCUGGCAGAGACCUGCCCCAGGGAAGCCAAGUUGAUGUUUGUCGAUGCAGCAGUGCCACCCCGCGUGGUGAUGACCUUCCAGCGCCUGGUAUGUGCACUGGCCUCCCGCCAGCUGGCUCCCAUAAGACAUGGAGGAAGCCGCCCUCUGCACGUAGCCCUUGCAGCUCGCUCUGACAAGAGCGCCCCAGUGUUCACCCGCGCCCUGGCCUUUGGAGACAGAGUUGCCCUCGUUGACCAGCAUGGCGUCCACACGUACAAGGACCUUUACUGCCGCAGCCUCCGCCUGUCCCAGGAGAUCUGCCAGCUCCUUGAGUGUGCCGGCCAGGACCUGCAGGAGGAGAGGAUCUCUUUUAUGUGCUCCAAUGACGUCUCCUACGUGGUUGCACAGUGGGCCUCAUGGAUGAGCGGCGGCAUCGCCGUCCCUCUCUUCAGGAAGCACCCCCCGGCCGACCUGGAGUACUUCAUCCAGGACUCCCGGAGCUCUGUGGUCCUCGCUGGCCAGGAGUACGUGGAGCUCCUGAGUCCAGUGGUCAGGAAGCUAGGGGUCCCACUCCUGCCUCUCCCACCUGCAGUCUACAAUGGGGCAGCUGAGGAGCACGGGGUGGGGGAGUUGCCGGAACGAGACUGGAGAGACCGGGGUGCCAUGAUCAUCUAUACCAGCGGGACCACAGGGAGGCCCAAGGGUGUCCUGAGCACCCAUCACAACAUCAGGGCUGUGGUGACGGGGCUGGUCAGCAAGUGGGCGUGGACUAAAGAUGAUGUGAUCCUUCAUGUCCUCCCCCUGCAUCAUGUCCAUGGCGUGGUCAACAAGCUGCUCUGUCCACUCUGGGUGGGAGCCACCUGUGUGAUGCUCCCAGAGUUCAAUGCCCAAGUGGUUUGGGAAAAGUUCUUAAGUUCUGAAACUCCACGGAUUAACGUGUUUAUGGCAGUGCCUACAAUAUACACCAAAUUGAUGGAUUAUUAUGACAAGCAUUUUACCCAACCGCAUGUCCAGGAUUUCGUGCGUGCCGUUUGUGAAGAAAAGAUCAGGUUGAUGGUUUCGGGAUCAGCUGCUCUGCCCCUGCCUGUACUAGAGAAGUGGAAGAACAUCACAGGCCACACUCUGCUGGAGAGGUAUGGGAUGACGGAGAUCGGCAUGGCCCUGUCCAACCCCCUGACCGUAGCAGCUCGCUUGCCAGGUUCUGUGGGGACCCCGCUGCCAGGCGUUGAGGUACGAAUUGUCUCAGAAAACCCACAGAAGGAGGGCUGCCCCUACAUCCUCCACGCAGAAGGAAACGAGAAGGACACCAGGGUGACCCCAGGAUUCAAGGAGAAGGAAGGGGAGCUCUUGGUCAGGGGACCCACUGUGUUCCGUGAAUACUGGGGCAAACCAGAAGAAACGAAGAAAGCAUUCACCUCAGAUGGCUGGUUUAAAACAGGCGACACAGCUAUGUUCAAGGACGGCAGCUACUGGAUCCGGGGGCGCACAUCAGUGGACAUCAUCAAGACAGGUGGCUACAAGGUCAGCGCCCUGGAGGUGGAGCGGCUGCUGCUGGCGCACCCCAGCAUCAAGGAUGUGGCUGUGAUCGGUGUUCCGGACAUGACGUGGGGCCAGCGGGUUACUGCAGUGGUGACACUGGAAGAGGGACACUCGCUGUCCCACAGGGAGCUCAAAGAGUGGGCCAGAGGCGUCCUGGCCCCGUAUGCUGUGCCCUCGGAGCUCCUGCUGGUGGAGGAGAUCCCAAGGAACCAGAUGGGGAAGAUCAACAAGAGGGACCUGGUCAGGCAGUUCUACCCGCACAGCCAGGGAGCACCGGAGGCCAGGCACCCGUGAGCCAGCAUCUGCUCUACACCCAGACCCCCAAUUGGGUGGAACAGAGUCCGGCCUGAUGGAAUAAGAUCACAGCCAGAGGCCUCCUCUGUCCGUCCGUGUGGCCACAUCCACACCUUUGCCUGGUCAGGCCCCAGGAGGGUCCAGGUGUCACUCAGGGAUGCAGUCUCCACAGGAAAUUCAGUAAAGCUUCUCAGAGAAAAACGCCUGCUGUGCUGUCUCCCCGGGGCUACGUGGGGGCUGUGCGGCAGGGACAGAGAAUGCACUUGUCUGCACACACGUGAAUGCCACGCAGCCUGGUGUCUCCCCAUUGUCCAGGAUGCCCAUGCCACCGCCUCAGGUGGCCUGGACCCCUGCAGAGCCUCCUGAUUGAACCCUGACUGCUCUGAGGAGCCCACCUGGAGGACAGGCCCAGGCAGCCAGGUGAGAGGGUUUGGGCGUGCCAUCAUCCCUUCUGUCCUCCCUGGGGUUUCCCAGUGUGUCUCUAGGACAGUCCACGUCACAAGAGUGGCUUCACUGAGCCCCAGGGAGUGGCAGAGGCUCAUGUAGGCCUUCAGGCCGAGCCGACCGCCAUAGGGACAAAGCUCAGCCACCAGAGGGCCAGGGAAGCUGAGUGUCUUGACCCCCUGCUGAGCAGCUGGGUGCAAUCCCUCAGCCCUCACAAAGGGCCCCCAAACUUCUGGGCUGGCCAGGUGGCCUUGUUUCAGUCUCUGUGGCUACAUGGUCCCUGUGGAGCCGCUCACCUCCGUGGUUGUGGUGUAGAUCCCGCUGUUCUGUGGAGUCCAAAUCCUCUCAGUAGCCAGAGGCUGACCACCAGUGGCCCUGCCGCUGCUCCACCUUGACCCUUAACCCCACCCCUCCAUGCUGUCCCCACCCAUACCCCUAUGCUCCCACAACCCCUCCUUUCCGUCUUUGUCUAAAUGCCACCUUCUCCUUCCCAGACCCUCCCCCCAGACAGGCCUGUCCUCCACACUCCUGGCCACAGUUGCACUGUCCUCAACGUUCCCACUCCCCGCUCUUGGCCAUUUUGAUUCCGACGCACGGGUGCCCUUUGUGCACUCUGAGCAGAGAAUCCAGAGGCUUCUGGACAGUUUACCAGAGACCAGGGCAGCUCCUCUGCCCACAGCUGGUGGGAAGUAGCCCUCACAGCACAGCAGGAGUCUGGCCCUGACUUUUCCAGAACCGGUCUCCAUAUUGUGUGUCUGAAAGAGCAAAUUGUGGGAACUGGAGGAGCCACCCCAGCCUGUGCAGGGGCGCAGUGCCUUAUUGAGAAACUGUAGCUGGUGAGAGAGGCGGAGCUGGGACCACCCUCCCGCGCACAUCCCCGCCUGUGGCCUGUGACUCCCCAAGGCCUGAACCUGGGUGUGGGAUUUGCUCAGAGGAACAUCCAGCCCCAAGCUGCCUCCCGCCUGAGGUCUGGACAUGAACGCCAGUCACCCACCUACCAGGCAGGCCCCUUUGAGGGGCUCAGCCGCUGUGCCCACAGCUGGCUCCUCUAGAGGGGAGCCCUCCACACCUCGGUG